AAACUAUUCAGUGUGUUUUCAGUUUCGUUACAGUUCAGUUGUGCAGUUAUUUGCUCUUCUCUGGAAAACAAAGUGAAUGAGCAGUGUAUUGUUUGUCGUUCAAUUCAUUUUUGAUAGUGAUUUAAUGGCUUAUGAUGCAGUGUCCUUAAAUUGUAGAUUUUGAAUUAGUGUGGGAAUGGAAAUUCUAUUCCUACAUCUUGGAUUUUAAUUCAGAUGUGCUGCUUGAAUGGAACAAAAGUAAAAUAUUGUUGUUGAAUGUGGAAGUUUUACUUCCAAAAAUAAAUUUAUUUACAAUAUUGAUUGCAGUUUCCGUGAGGCAUGGUUGCAUACACUGACGGAGACAAGAGUGGCAUCAGCUUGAAAAAUGAGAGAAUUUCGUCCACAAAAACGCAUUCUUCGAAAUCGACGUCAACUGAAAUUAGUAUUCCAGACACUGACAGCUACCAAACAAACUGCAAACGUGAUAAACAAACAAGUCGUAUUAGUAGAGCUACCCACCAUGUCCAUAGUACAAAGAAUAAUUCCUUCAGCCGAUUUUUUUCGGUAAAAACAGUUGGUUUGAUACUGCUGUUCUGUGAUAUAGUAUAUUUAAAUUUUUAUCUCUCUAGAACCGAAUCCGUUCUACAUCUUACACUAAAGAGAAUCGAUAAACUAGAAACUGAACUUCAUUAUUCAAGACUGACAACCAAGAUUCUGAGAUCAGAUUUCAACUUUGCUAAAGAAGAAAAUGAAAAACUAACGUACGAUAUUUUAACAACUCUGUCCACUCUUAUUAAGCAAAAAGAAGUUUCGAAAUUCGACGAUGAGAAUAUUUUUGAUAAUUUGUUUGUUCAACAGAAUGAUAACACUAUGAGACAGUUUGUACAUAAGAGUGCUGCUGAUAGAAAUUUGGAUGGAAUGGAUAAUGGACAACUUAUAUUUAAUAAUGGAGAUUCAGAGUUACCACUUGACCACGAAAGGGUUGAAACAAUUCUGAAAGGGCCUGAGUUUUACGCUCAUGUGGAUUUAGAAAAUAAUAAGGGUGCUAGUGAAUUUGCAGAUGUAAAAGGAUUUGUUGAUAGAAGUGUGGAUAGAUUGAACCUUGACGAAAGUACAAUAUUCUUUCCAAAUGAAACGGUUCAAAGCGUAGACCUAUUUGCUGUUGAUGAUGAUGAUGAUGAUGAUGACGAUCGUGCUACCAGAACAAGACGAGAGGCGCCCUCAGAACGCAGAGGUAAACAUCAAUCUCAUGGCAAACAGAAAAAGAGAGCGCAACACAUCAAUUGUAACUUUUUUUGUUGCUCAUCUGGACCAUUAGCUGUAAUUCUGAGAGGUGUCCAUCCAGAAGUGAUCAUUGAGGAUGGAGGUAGCCUAAUUGCACCUUGGGUAACAGAUAGAAAUGGUGCUGGAGAUUAUCCGUUCAAAGAUUUUGUAUUUAGAGAAGGAAAUGGUAAAAUAGAAAUAUCUGGAAAAGGACUCUACCUCAUUUAUGCUCAGGUGUUCUAUUUAUCAGCGAACCACCUCAAUGGAUUUUCAAUUAACAUGCAAAAGUCCGGCGCUCAAGCUGAGUCAGAGAUUGCAAGGUGCAGUAACGAUAUAACAACAAAAAGGACAUCAGAAGUCAGCUGCUACACCAGUGUGAUUCGCCAGUUGCUUCCUGGAGACAAAAUCUACCUUGUUCAGCGGGAAAGGAAUAGCAGGAUUUUACAUGGAGACGGAUACACAUACUUUGGUAUCGUAGCAUUGAACAGUCCUCCCAAGUGUUAAUCCUUGUACCUAUCCAAUUUUAUCGUGUUUUAAUCGGAAUGACGACUGAAUUUUCUUACUGGUGCUUAUAAUCUUAGAGUUUCUAUCUUUUGUAUUACCGUACAACGAGGUAUUCUUAUUGAUAAGUCUUAUCUUUUGUAUUAUUGAACAACUAGGCAUUCUUAUUGAUAAGAUGAAUAUACCUAGAUUUACAUUUUUAAGGAAUUUUGAAUAGGAAUUUUUUAUAUGUACAAUUUUUAGUCGAAAGGAUUAACCUUUUAUAAUAUCAAGCAUAAGAUUUUAAAAAAAGUGCCUUCAAUAUUAAUUUUCUAUAGCACCGUUAUAACUAUUUUUAUAUGAAUUUUGAUAGACCAUUAUUUGAAUUUGAGACAAACCAUUAUUUAUCAUGGCAUGGAUGAAAUUUCCUGUAAACUACUUAAUAAUUGUUAUCAUUGUCUUUAUCCUAGAAAUCUGCUUCAAAUAAUCAUAAAUUCAUGUUUUUUUGGAACAAUGAUGAUAGCCUAUAUAUUUGACUUACGUAUACGAAAAUUCUUGUAUACAAAAUCAUGUCAUUUUUGUUGCAAUCCUAGAAAUCUGCUUUAAAUAAUAAUAAAUUCAUGUUUUUUGGAGCAAUGAUGAUAGCCUAUAUAUUUGACUUAUGUAUACG